AUGUAUUUCUCUGCGUGUGAGCAAGUCAUUACUGUUGAAAAGGGCAAAGAGAACUCCAUAUUACUGCCGCUGCUGUAUGCACAGUAUUCAAGGUUUUCAUACUUGGUUUUACGUGACGCUGAGAAGGUUAGGAAGAUUAUGGUUGAAGCACUUGACCACAUGCAGCCGUCAAAACAUUUCAUGGAAGCACUGAUUUUUUGCGAGACCAUUCUGCCACCACCAAGAAAGAUUGAAUACCUUGACCCACUUGUUGAAAAAUUGAUAAAACCAAAUGUAGACACCCAGAACACUGCAAGUUCAACUGAGAGAGAAGAGGUAUCAUUGAUAUAUAUAGAGUUCCUGGGUCUUUUUGGAGAUGUUGAGACCAUAAAAAAGUAG